AUGGCGAAUGGAAGUUUGGAAAUGUGGUUGCAUCCGAAAGAAGAUGGUAAUAAUUGGUCAAGGAAUUUAAACCUUCUUCAAAGGCUUCGUGUCGCCAUUGAUUUGUCAUUUGCAUUGCAUUACCUUCAUGACCUUUGUGAAACGCCAAUCAUUCACUGUGACCUGAAGCCAAGCAACAUUCUGCUUGACAAUGACAUGACUGCUCAUGUUGGUGAUUUCGGAUUAGCAAGGCUCCUUUCCAAAACAACUAACACUUCUUCUCAAGGCCAAACAAGCUCCAUCGGGAUUAAGGGAACAAUUGGUUAUAUGCCUCCAGAAUAUGGAAUGGGUAGCGAGGCAACAAAAGAUGGAGACGUGUACAGCUUUGGAAUAAUUUUGUUGGAGAUUUUCACAGGACGGAGACCAACUGAUGAAGUGUUUACAGAUGGUUUGAAUCUUCACAAUUUUGUUAGGUCUAAGCUACCAGGACAAGUAAUGCAGGUUCUGGAUCCCAAGCUUAUUGCAACAGGAGAAGUGGGAGCAAAAGAAAUUGUUGAAGGCAAGGAGGGUGAUGAUGGUCAAACAGAAAUUGAAGAAAAUAAUUUCGAUGUUGAAAAUUUGAAAUCACCGGGAAGCAACAUGCAAAUUGUUGUAUCAGUCCUCAAAAUAGGACUCGCAUGCUCAGCAGAACAACCGGGAGAUCGAAUGAAUAUGAGAGAUGUCACAAGAAAACUAAACAUCAUCACAGAGGCUUUCUUUCGUGCAAGGACACUCUAA